CUUCAGAAUGCUGACCGUCAAUAGGCUGCUCCUGCUGGCUUCUUCCUGCACCUGGGCUCUUGCAUCAGCAGUGCCCGUUCUAGAGGUGACCUUCGCAAACCUGGGUUUCGCAUUCAUAGUGAUUCUUGUGACCUACUGGUCUCUGUGGCACUGUAGGCAGCUGUUCUUCAACGAACUGGUCAGUCACAAAGGGAAGGCUGUACUCAUCACAGGUUGCGAUACGGGCUUUGGACACUUGCUCGCUGAACGACUAGCCAAAGAUGGUUUUCUUGUAUUUGCUGGGUGCCUAGAUGCCUCGGGCACAGGUGCCAAGUUACUCAGAGAAGAAACCAACAUCCAUGUGCUUCAGAUGAAUGUCACCAAGCAGGAAGAUAUUGAUGCUGCAGUCGAGAUCGUGGAAAAGGCCCUAGACAACAAAGUGUUGUAUGCAGUGGUUUGCAACGCCGGUGUGGGAAGCAUCGGCUACAUAGACUUGCAACCGCAGAGCCGCGUGCGGCAAAUCUUCGAGGUCAACACCUUUGGUGUGCUCGCUGUCUCAUGCGCUUUCCUUCCGUUGCUGAAGGAGUCGCGAGGAAGGCUUGUCAUCGUCUCCAGCUUGCUGGGAAGGUUAUCUGUACCAGAGUGCUUGGCGUAUUGCGUGUCCAAGCGGGCCUCCAUAUCCCUGGCUGAUGGGCUUCGCCGGCAGUUCUACUCCAAGGGCGUCCGUGUCUGCACCGUUGAACCGACGGGUUACAGGACUCCCGUGGCCGAUCAUGCCGCACUGGAAAAGGCAAUGGAUGCCGACCUGCAGCGGUUGCCUGAAAAGACUCGCUCAACGAUCGACGAGCGGUUUGUGCAGCGUUUUAAAAGUAGAACGCGAGUCCUCUUGUCAUGGUUUCUUCGGCAUGACUGCGGGGAAGCUGUCGAAGUCAUCAGGAGGGCCACGCUUGAUCGGUCGCCCAAGGCCCACUACAUUGCUGGUGGCGUAGUGGACCGCGUGUACCGGCUGUUGAUCGACCUGCUUCCGGCUGAAGUGAUAGACGAAGCACUGCACAUUAUGAGCACAGUGGAAACGCUUUUCGGGAGUAGGACACAAUGAUUGAGUCUAAUAUUGUGUUCAUUUUUGUCUGAAUGAGCUCUUGCCAUAAUGGAUGUCCACUAAUCCUGUGAAUUGCUCCACAGCCAUUUACGUGACUGCGCGUGGAUCAUUGCGCGCGCAUUGCACACUCAUACGCAGAGAGAGAGAGCGAGAGAGAAAGAAAAAGAGAGAAAUAGAGAGAGAGAGAAGAAAUGACAGUGUCGGUGCACAAAUCGCAGAGAUACCGCGUUGAAGUGGAGUAUGCGGAUUGUGCGGACUGUGCGGUCGCCUACAGUGGAUUUUGGCACAACAUAUCUUUUUAUGCGUCGGAGCGUUGGGAGAAAUGUCCCGGUUUUGACUACUAACUUAUUACGCGUGCGAAUGACCGAGAUGCCGCGUUGGUGCAGUGUAUGAUCAUUCAGUGUGUGGUUUUCCACUGUGAAUUCACAGCGCUGUUUCUUUCUUAUUUAAUAUGCGGUGUCUGUGCUUCGGCAAGCCAGUUACAUCCGCGCGCGUGAAUCACCCAGUAACUUCGUUGAUACGACUUAAGAGCAUUGUGCGGUACAACUCUUGAUGAAACUCCGUUUGUUUAGGCCUUUGUUCUCUCUUCCUUCUUAUUGCUUGCUUUUUAACUGUCUGCAUGUUUAUCACUAUUUCCAUGUAUCUGGUUUCUGUCUUUUCAAAAAAUUGAAAGCAAUAUGCUAGUGCAACAGCA